UCAGGCGAUGGAUGGGCGGCAGCGGGGAAGCUACACGUGCUGGCGAUGAUCAAGCACUCUGACUUUGCGGACGACAUGCAGGACGAGAUGGACGACCUUAAAGGCUGGAUAGAAGAGAUCCACGACGGGAUGUACGAGCAUUCGUGAGCGCCUUCGACCUCCAUUCCACACCUGCCCAUUUCUUACUUUCCACACAGAAUUGGAACACGGCGCUCUUCCACAACUACGCGAACAACAGCAGCACGUUUCUCGACGCGUCGAGCACGGCGCUGCUCGCGUCGACCGUGUACCGGCUCGCGGCGCUCGAGGGCGUGGACACGUAUGCUGCACAUGCGGAGCGGCCGCGCGAAGGGGUAUGAGGCGUUGGGAACGGGGAAUGGUGUUGGGCCCGCGACGUCGUUUAUCCCUUCUGCGACGGGCGCGGGCGCGAGCGCGAGAGCAAGUCACUCGUCGGCGGCGUGGUCGUCGUAUAACGUGUCUGCGUCGUCGUUCUAUGCAGAGACGACGUCGUACAGCUAUUCCAGCAUAUCGUCCUCCUCCUCGUCCUCUUCCUCUGCCACUUCCACCGAAACCUCCUCACAUGCCGUCUCGAUGCCGAACGCGUAUGUCGGGGCCGGCCAACUGCACUUCUCGCCGGAGAUGUGGCUCGCUCCGGUGGUGGAUCCGUAUGACUGGAGCGUACAGGGCGGGUCGUCGCCUGAGGGGCAGGCGUUUGUUGUUAAGGUGUAUGCGGCGUGGAGAGAUUGGGUGGAUGCUGGUGCGCCUGAUGAUGAUGCGGAUACGGUGGAUAAGGAGAGUGGCGCGGGGGUGCGGUGUGGGCGUGGGCGUUGGGUGCGGUGUGGGCGUGGGCGUUGGGUGCGGGGAAGUGGGUGCGAUGGUGGUGGGGGUGAGGUUGUCAAUAAUUUGAGGAUGAUCAAUGAGGCUUGGUGUUGGCUGCUUGAGUCGAUUCUCCUGCAUGGGAUUGGAAGGUUUGCUGUCGUGCUUCCGUGCUCGUUGUUUGCACCAUCUAUUCCAAUUGUAAUCUACCGAGCUCGCGAGGUGCUAUAGUGCUGCUUGGUUCACCACAUGUAACCAGACACGCAUGAUGGCUUGCAGCGGUGCCGUUUCUCGUUAUGACAGUUUGGAGGUUGGGAGUGUACGGCCCGAAAGGAUGUGGUGCGAGUUUUGGUGCG